CGCGCCGCUCCGGACCGCGCUGGGAGCCCCGGCGGCGGCGGCGGCGGCCCAUGGGGCGCGGGGCGCUGCCCGCCUGGCUGCAGCCCAGGUACAGGAAGAAUGCCUAUCUUUUCAUCUAUUACUUAAUCCAAUUUUGUGGCCACUCAUGGAUAUUUACAAAUAUGACAGUCAGAUUUUUUUCAUUUGGACAAGAUUCAAUGGUUGACACUUUUUAUGCUAUUGGACUUGUGAUGCGACUUUGUCAAUCCAUUUCUCUCCUGGAGUUGCUGCACAUAUAUAUCGGCAUUGAAUCAAAUCAUCUUCUCCCAAGGUUUCUGCAGCUCACAGAGAGAAUAAUCAUCCUUUUUGUGGUAAUCACCAGUCAAGAGGAAGUCCAAGAGAAAUAUGUGGUGUGUGUUUUAUUCAUCUUUUGGAAUCUAUUGGAUAUGGUUAGGUACACUUACAGCAUGUUAUCAGUCAUAGGAAUUUCCUAUGCUGUCUUGACAUGGCUCAGUCAAACACUAUGGAUGCUGAUUUAUCCUCUGUGUGUUCUUGCUGAAGCAUUCGCCAUCUAUCAGUCACUGCCUUAUUUUGAAUCAUUUGGCACUUACUCCACCAAGCUGCCCUUUGACGUAUCCAUCUAUUUCCCAUACGUGCUGAAAAUAUAUCUCAUGAUGCUCUUUAUAGGUAUGUAUUUUACGUACAGUCACCUUUAUUCAGAAAGAAGAGACGUCCUCAGAAUCUUUCCCAUGAAAAAGAAGAAAAUGUGAAGUCCAGCAUUCCAGUAUAACAUGAGAAAAGACAGGCUUAUCGACUGAGCUGCAGUAAAUACAGCACAAGAAGUAUUCUGGUGGAAAAA